AAAAUCUUCCGGUGAAUUGUGAAUGAAGGUUUCGCCAUUGAACAAUAGAUGACUCUGAUGGCAGUAAUAUAAUCUUCUGGGUGAUCAAUAACGAAAUGAAUGAAUAUUCUGAAUUUUGGUGAAAAUAAUCGUGGAUCUCAUAAUAAUAAUUAAAAUUUCGGUAGAUACCGAAUUUUAAAGAGAAAUGAUCACUUAUCUCUGACCUGACAAAUGACAUAAUUGAUUAGAUUGUCUAUGAUGUAAAGUCGUAUGUCGUUUUUUAAAGAAAUUUGACAGAAGACCCAUUGAACAUUAGAUAUUAGAUAACUAAUCAGUACCAAGUGAAUAUUAUAUUUAAUAUUCAUCAUAUUAUUCAAUCAUGGCAUCACUAGCUAGCAAAGUUGGUCCUUUAGCAGCCAGAUUACUUGAAGAAGCCCGACCAAAAUUCGAUGUAUUUAUGAAAUACGCUAAAGUUGAACUUGCUCCACCAACUCCAGCGGAUAUACCUCAAAUAAGAUCAGGUAUUGCUAAAAUAGUACAAAGUGCAAAGGCUGGUGCUUGGAAGCAAACCACUGUUCGUGAAGCAUGGUUGAACACAAUGGUAACAGUAGAGGUACUCUGCUGGUUUUAUGUUGGUGAAUGUAUAGGCAAACGUCACAUUGUUGGCUAUCAUGUUUAAACCAAUUUGAAUCAAUAAUUAUUGUAGUUUAUUGUAAUAUGUCCACUGUCGAAAUUAAAAGUCGGAAAUAGACCAGUA